UCUUCAUAGCAAAGCAAAGGCCUGUAUACAUAUAUAUAUAUAUAUAGGAUCUCCAAAAACUUGCAUGAAACAUUAAGAAGGUGGCAAGCUAGCCAGAACAAGAAGAUGGAGAGUUCCGGCAAGAAGAAGGAGAAGGAAGAAAAAGGCCAGGAUGAAGUCCGGUACAGGGGCGUUCGCCGUCGGCCGUGGGGGAAGUACGCGGCGGAGAUCCGGGACCCGUCCCGGCAGGGAGCUCGGCAGUGGCUGGGAACCUUCGACACGGCCGAGGAGGCGGCUAGAGCUUAUGAUCGAGCCGCAUUUAAGCUGAGGGGCCAUCUAGCCAUCCUGAACUUCCCCAGUGAGUACUACUCGAGGCUCAAGAACUCUCCUUACUCGCCGUUAAUGGGGUUUCCGGGCGGCAAGGAGUCGGACUGUGGAAGUUCGUCGUCGAGAGGGCACGUGAUUGAGUUGGAGUGCUUGGAUGACAAGGUGUUGGAGGAGCUUCUUGAGCCGGAGGAGGAGAAGAAGAAAAGGAAGUAGUGAAUCGAUAUAUAUAUAUAUAUAUAUAUAAAUAAUUGAUGCUGUUUGAGGUUUUGCCGGUGCCUUUUCAUCUUCUUUCUUUGCUUGUUGAGUUCUUCUCUAGCUAGCUAUGGCUACUUCUCGUUUCUAUGAGGAAAUGAGAAGUAAAAACAAUAAGAUUGAAACCCAACACUCCCCCUAUCCCCCCACAAAAAAAACAAUAAGAUUGGCAAACGUUCAGCUGUAUUUGGCUCAUAAUUAUUAUGAGAAGCAUAUAGCAGUCAGUAGUUCAAAUUCUUGUGAUUUUCUUUCUCUAGAUGCGAUGCUUUCCAAUUUCAGUUUUCCUGAGAGAGAACAACAAACCAGCAGUUUCUAGGGGUUCACAUGCUGAUUAAUCCAAUCUUUGAGUAGUUUAUAAUCUUUGUUUUUUCGUUUUUAAUUCUCAUGUUUUCUUUCAGAUCCGUGUAAUAAAUUGAAUCGCUUUGGGUCAUCAAGUGCUGCUGAAUUGAGGGUUACUAAGAUUCUAGAUUGCUUUAGCUCUGGAUUUCGGUAAUAUAUGAACAGAAGAUGAAGGGAAGGUAAAUUAGGGCCAAUGAACAAAUUAGAUAGUUUACUACCCAAUUGGCCCUCGAUUAACUGCGUCAGUUUUCUUAUGAUAUAGCAACGGUCAUGCGCUAGAUGACAGUACAGUAAUAGUGAGAGACUGAUCAUCUCACUUUAUUUUUGGAGCUAAGAUCAGUGUUGUAGAAAGCUAAUCAGGAAUCCAAAGACAAGAAUAAAGGUUAAUUAAGAUCAUUCCUUGGAUGGGAUAUGUAUAACAGAUACAGCAAAAAGGCUUCAUUUAAAGCACAGUAAUUAGUUAAUUAGGACAUAUGCAGUAAUAUACUUUGAAUUAAGAUUGCAUCAGAGAGGGAGUAACAGUGGAAAGAUAAUACAUAUAUAAUCAAGACAAAAUCCAACAAAAAGUAAGGUUUUCUUAGAUAUUCUGAAUCGAUCUCUCUGUCCUGUCAAAUUGAUGUCCCCGCAAAUGGCCCCAAUAUGGGGAAUGAGAUCAAGAUUAGAUGCUAAUUUUGAUCUGCAGAUAAUUGUUUAGUAUCUUACUUUCGUUCAAUGUCUUUGCGCUGAUUACAUCUUUAAUUCCG